AUGGAAAUGCCACACAAUAUCACAGAGUUUUUCAUGCUGGGACUCUCACAGAAGCCAGAGAUACAGAGAGUCCUCUUUGUGGUUUUUUUGAUCAUCUAUGUGGUCACCGUGUGUGACAACAUGCUCAUUGUGGUCACCAUUACCUCCAGUCCCACCCUGGCUUCCCCCAUGUAUUUUUUCUUGGCCAAUUUGUCCUUUAUUGAUACCUGUUAUUCUUCCUCUAUGGCCCCUAAACUCAUUGCGGACUCCUUGUGUGAGGGGAGAGCCAUCUCUUUUGAGGGUUGCAUGGCUCAGCUCUUUGGGGCCCAUUUCUUGGGAGGUGUUGAGAUUAUUCUGCUCACGGUCAUGGCCUAUGACCGCUACGUGGCCAUCUGCGAGCCUCUGCACUACACGACCACCAUGACCAAGCAUCUCUGUGCCCUGCUGGUGGGGGUGGCUUGGCUGGGGGGCUUCCUGCAUUCACUGGUUCAGCUCCUCCUGGUCCUUCAGCUGCCCUUCUGUGGGCCUAACGUGAUCAAUCACUUUGUCUGCGACCUGUACCCCUUGCUGGAGCUCGCCUGCACCGACACAUAUGUCAUUGGCGUCCUGGUGGUGGCCAACAGUGGUGUGAUCUGCCUGUUGAACUUCCUCAUGCUGGCUGCCUCCUACAUUGUCAUCCUGCGUUCCUUGAGGUGCCACGGUGCCGAGGGGAGGCGCAAAGCCCUCUCCACCUGUGGGGCCCACUUCACUGUUGUUGCCCUGUUCUUUGUGCCUUGUAUAUUUACUUAUAUGCGGCCAUCAUCUACUUUGUCCAUGGACAAAAACAUGGCAGUAUUUUAUGGUAUUCUGACACCUAUGCUGAAUCCACUCAUUUACACCCUGAGAAAUGAAGACGUAAAAAAUGCCAUGAGAAAGCUCUUCAUUCAGUAA